CCUCCUCGUCCUCCUCCUCCUUCUUCUACCCCUCGUUCCUCUCCUUCACCUCCCCCUCCUCGCCCUCCCCCUCCUUCUUCACUUCGCGCCUCCCCACCACCACCAGCACCGUCUCAUCAUCCCCCUCGCCCUACUGGAAGAAGAAGAAGAAGCCGGUGGCCCAGCUGGCUAGCGCGCGUACCCCUGUUCGUGUGCGGCACAAUCACGUUCGGCCUGUCUAUGUCUGUGCCAAUCUCUCUGUCCGCCAUGUUCCUGGACUGGCAGUCCGACUUCCGGGUUCCCCGCGCCAACACGGCUGCCAUACUCAGCACAUGCGUGGGCGUGAUGUUUGCUGCGGGUGUGAUACCCGGUUAUCUGAUGAACCGGUUUGGAGCCCGGUUCACGGUGCUCUUGGGCACGUUCCUGGCCACCACUGGCUGCUUCCUCAGUGCGUUUGCCACCAGCGUACCCUACCUCAUCGCUUCCACUGGGGUGCUAUCUGGCCUAGGGUUCUGUUUCCUCCAACUACCCGUGUUGCCCUGUCUGACGGCCGGAGUGACAGAAGGAAAAAGUGUCCUCAUCCUGGCGAGGAGCGUUCUUCCUCAUCAGCGGUCUGUCCCUCAACACGCUGGUCACAGGUCUUGUGAUGACCUCACCGGUCUACGCCACCACGCCUUCCUCCAGCGCCCUCGUCGAAGCAGAUGACGCAGAAAAGGCGCUUCUAAACGCCAGUGACGACCACGAGUUGAAAGAAAACGGCGUAAAAUCCUCGAAAUCUAAACGUGGUACAGCGCACACUGGUUCCGAUACAAAACCAAAUAGAGCUUCAUCGCAAGAUGAGAAUUGUGGUCAAGGCGACUACGUCGAUACAGACAGUAGAGGCCUGGUAGAGGGAUUUGAACUCGCGUCUUCUACUGAGAAGGGCUGGGAGAUGAAUGAAGCCCGUCAAGAACCGAAAAUAUUAACAAAAGAGAGAUCCUCAGUUGAUGAGCGCCUUCCUGUAACACCUUUGAUAAGACAGCGUGACCUUGAUGACUUUCAGAACCUUGCGGAUUUUCACGCCACACAAAGUCUGGAAUCGUUAGACAACAUAACAUCAAGAUGUGACGAUUUGCUUGAGGAGGAGAAGUCUAGUCUAGUGGGUGCACAAACUGAUGAACAAGAACACAUGAAUACAAUGAUGUCAUACUACCCCGAAAAGAAUAACCCUUUUGAAGGGGACACAGAGGAAAUUGUUCAGCAAAGUCAAAAGCGUCGAGAAAAUGAUUCCGACCAGAAGUCAGGGUCACAUGAUUUGGAUUUGGAACGAAGUGGAAAACCUACUGGGGACCUGCAAGAUGAUUCAGUUGAAAAGGGCUCUCAUCUAAAACAUAUUGUAUCAAAUUCGCAAAAUCACUACGACGAAGGAGCGAAGAAGUCGCCUGUCUCGGAAAAUGUCGAGCCAGCCACACAGACCCUUCCCCUUCUUCAUGAUACAGAAGUGGCUUAUGGAAAUGAAUUAUAUCAGAAAGAACCGCACCGUUCAGCAUCACCAGACAACAAAACUCGAAGCGAAAGAUUUUCGCCGUCUAUACUAAUCAGAAGACUAAGACUUUCUAAAUGGAAAUUUAUGGUGGAUCCAUUGUUCGUACUCUUCGUCGCGAACGUGGGAUUUGGGUUAGGUUCAUUCUUCUCCUUCUUCAUCAUGCUCGUCGAUUUUGCCAAGACGAAAGGUUUCGAUGGAGAUAAGGAAGGAAUCUUCUUCAUCUUCCUCGUCGUCACCACAAGCCUGUUCGCCCGAAUAAUUGCGGGGUUCGUGAACCUUCACCCAGCUUGCCACAGCGUGUUGAUCAUGGUGGGGUUUUCCGCUCUGACGAGCUUCACAUUUCUAAUUUUAGCCCAUGUGACGCGAUAUUACGCGGUUGUGUGUGUGCUGGCUGUGACAGGUUUGGGUCUGGGAGGGGUGUUGGGGAUUUUCCUGAAGGUUCCGCUAGAUAUCCCAUCUGUGGGCACAGAGUCGUACGCUCUGGCGCUGGGCGUGAUCAGCACUGUGGAGGGGAUCUUUGAUGUCAGCGUGCCCGUGAUUCUUGGCUACGCCGUGGACCAAACGGGCAGCUACCUGGUCCCCCUCACCGCCCUGGGCUGGAUCUCUCUGGCGUCUGCCAUCGCCCUGGCUGCAGUGUUCAGGAUAAGUCAGCGGCGCACGUCAAUCUCACGUGGAGCCACGCCCCUUGUGAUGUCAGAGGGGAGGAGCCGGGAAGCCACGCCCCCUGUGAUGUCAGAGAGGAGGAGCCUGGAAGCCACGCCCACUGUGAUGUCAGAGAGGAGGAGCCUGGAAGCCACGCCCCCUGUGAUGUCAGAGGAGGGAAGCCCGGUGCCUGAUUCGUCCACAAAGCCAGUCAAAGGGGAUGAGAUCGAUGACGUCAGUGUUGUGGACAGUAGAAACAUAACGCCAAUGGCCGACUCCACCAACCAUGUAUGUGCGUGAACUUUGAUUCUC